AUGGAAGCUACAUACACAUUGCUGCUAAUUCUAGCGGCGGCGAGUUGCGGAACAGCGACAACGUUAUUUAGAUCUGCAAGACAAGCCCCUGGAAGUAUUUUUACGGUUGGCAACGGUGAACAGUGUCUAGGGUCAGACAGGUCGACUGGCGGUGUAUGUUUAUCCAGAAAUCAAUGUAACACACAGGGCGGGAAAGCUAUAGGUUUCUGUGGUGUAUUCGCUACGUGUUGUUCAUUAAACGCUUGCGACAUAAGAACGAACACAAAAGUAGCUGUAUUCAUAAACCCUCCAUUGAAUCGGGAAUCCUCAGGACUGGAAUGUUCUUAUAACGUGGAAAUUAAUAAUAAUAAUGUAUGUCAAAUACGAAUUGACUUCGAGACGUUUAACCUGGCUCCACCAACUACCGUGGAAGCAGUGGAAAAUGUGACACAUCGGCCUGGUUACACCUGUAGAAACGAUAUAUUCCAAGUGACGAACCUACACGCAAACUCCGACAUCCUACCACCACUAUGUGGCGAUAAUAAUGCACAACAUAUGUAUGUCCGUGUGAACGCGUCCACUAACAGCAGAUCCAUCCGUUUGAACUUCAAAAUUGCUGACAGAAACACACAACCAAACCUUCCUCAAGCGACCUGGAAGAUCAAAGUCACCCAGCUGGAGUGCUUCAACACUUUGGGCAAAUACCGAGAUGGUUUCCUUGAAGCAAUAACAUCUUCUCUACCAGCCACGCCCUUCAGUUCUUCAGCUGAUAGGGACGAGUAUUUAAUAGCGCCACCUGGUUGUCUGCAGUACUACCCAGACCGAACAGGAUUCUUUGAAUCAUUUAAUUACAACCGCGGCGCUGGACCAUACAUCGCCAAUCUUGCGUAUGCGACGUGCUUCAAGCGUACUUCUGACGUCUGUGGGAUUAAAUUAACAGCUGCUAGCUUCGAAAUGGCAUACCGGACGGAAGACAACAUGUACUUGGACACUGACUGUCAGAUGAAUCCAGUAACCCAAGGUUCCAGUCAGUCUGAAGACUACCUUUUCAUACCUGAAGCGGAAACUGCUGACGGCCUUAGGGGUUCCAAGUAUUGUGGCCUUAGCGCUUCCAACCAAAUUAUUGCAUCGACGCCCCCUGGACCGAUAUAUGUGCACUUCCACAGCGACAAUUUGGUGACCAAUGAUGUGCCCGAGGCCGGCUACAGGUUUAAUUACAACGUUCUAAACAAUUGUUAUCUUAGAACGAACACUUUCCACUAG